GAAAGAAUGACUAACAGCUUUGGCCAGUUGGCAUGCGCACAUUAAUAGUAUCUAUCUUUCUUUUUAAUGUCCUUUUUCUUGGUAUUUGAAUUUCAUAUCCUGGCUGGCAUCUGAUGUGGCACAUUCCUCCAUGAUGUGUUGUCCAUUGGAUUAUGGAAUAAGAGCUUGCUUCCCAAGCCACUCAAAAUUUAAAUUGAAAAAAUAUAUAUUUUUGACUAUAAAAACCCAUCAAGCCAAAGAAGUGUCUCAUAGUAAAAGCUUCACUCUUUUCUCUAUUCUCUCAUCUUCAAAUGUUUUCCAAAAUGUGUGGGUUUUUUGUUUGUCUUAUGUUGGUGUUUUGUGUGUCUUUGUCUUCCUCUUCUAAGUUUGAUGAACUCUUUCAACCAAGUUGGGCUUUAGACCAUUUUGUCCAUGAAGGAAAUCUCCUUAAACUCAAACUUGAUAACUCUUCUGGUGCUGGUUUUGGAUCCAAAAGCAAGUAUAUGUUUGGGAAAGUAUCUAUCCAACUUAAGCUUGUUGAAGGUGACUCUGCUGGAACUGUAACUGCUUUCUAUAUGUCAUCGGACGGUCCAAAACACAACGAGUUUGAUUUUGAAUUUUUAGGCAAUAGCACAGGGGAACCUUAUUCUGUUCAAACAAAUGUGUAUGUGAAUGGAGUUGGUAAUCGUGAGCAGAGACUUGACCUUUGGUUUGAUCCCACUAAAGAUUUUCACUCUUACUCUAUUUUCUGGAAUCAACGCCAAGUUGUAUUUCUAGUAGAUGAAACACCAAUAAGAGUACACACAAACAUGGAACACAAGGGUAUCCCUUAUCCAAAGGAUCAACCAAUGGGUGUAUACAGUUCAAUAUGGAAUGCAGAUAAUUGGGCAACACAAGGAGGAAGAGUGAAAACAGAUUGGUCUCAUGCACCUUUCAUUGCAACUUAUAAAUCCUUUGAAAUUAAUGCUUGUGAAUGUCCUGUUUCAGUUGCUGCAAUGGAUAAUACAAAGAGGUGUAGUAGUAGUGAAGAUAAAAAAUAUUGGUGGGAUGAGCCUAAUUUGUCUGUGCUUAAUUUGCAUCAAAGUCAUCAACUUAUGUGGGUUAGGAAUCAUCAUAUGGUUUAUGAUUAUUGUAAUGAUGGUUCUAGGUUUCCUGUUACGCCGGUUGAGUGUGUUCAUCAUCAUCAUAGUUAGUGACGUGGAUGUUUGGUAUCACGGCAUGUUUGUCAGAACUAUGAUAAACUAUUAUGAUUUAAAUAAAUCUACCGUAAUACCAAACUUGUACGAAGUGAUCGAUGUGAAUGUUGGGUAUGGGAGGAAAUGAUGUAUUAAGGAAAAAAAAAGUGAUGGAAUAUGUGUUCCUUAUGUUUAAUAUUAUUGUAAAAUAUCAUAUUGAUAAAUUAUAAUGUGAAUUACUUGGUAUUUUUCAA